AAUAAUAAAUAUAUUCCAGAAUGUUCAGACACGUAGCUGUAAUCGUUUUUCUGGGUUAUGCUCUGGCUUUUCCUGAAGCCAGCGAAAGGUCGAGAAGGAGUACGACUGAAAACCCCUUAGUAACUACCCCUUUAGGUCAAAUAAAGGGUACGGUUAUGACUUCAAGGCUAGGCAAACCUAUAUAUGCAUUUAGGGGCAUACGCUACGCGAAAGCGCCAGUAAAUGAGCUGAGAUUUAAGCCUCCAGAGCCGGUAGAGAAAUGGGAGGGCGUCUAUAAUGCCACUGAAGAUGGUCCACUUUGUCCACAACCUACCACGGAUCCUGUAUCAGAAGACUGUUUAAUAUUAAAUGUUUAUUCCACCAAGCUUCCGAAGAGUGCUGAAAAUCCGAAACGCUCUGUAAUAGUCUACAUACACGCUGGAGGGUUUUACAGUGUCGGUUCUACCAGUUAUUGGGCUGGACCCAAUUAUUUUAUGGACCAAGAUAUCGUCUUAGUGACCAUCAAUUACCGCUUGGGAACUUUAGGUUUCUUGAGUACCGGCGACAAAGAAGCCCCAGGGAAUAACGGCUUGAAAGAUCAAGUCCAGGCAUUGAAAUGGGUGAAACAAAACAUCGAGGCUUUCGGAGGGGACCCAGAUUGUGUCACAAUCAUGGGUUAUAGUGCUGGUGCGAUGAGCGUUAUCUUGCAUAUGGUUUCACCGAUGUCCCAAGAUCUAUUCCACAAAGCUGUUGCAAUGAGUGGAUCCCCUCUAGGCAAUUGGCCUAUUCUACACAAUCAACUGGAUCUGGCCAAAAAACAGGCUAAAUUUGUAGGAUGUCCAGAUGACACCGCUAUCAAUAUCGUAAAAUGCCUCAAGACUAAGCCAUUCAACGAACUGGGCGAAUCUCUACCUAAAUUUAAGGAAUUCGCAAAUGACCCCUUCAUGAUAUGGUCUGCUGUAAUUGAACCUGACUUUGGCCAACCACGAUUUUUGACGGCUCAUCCCAUCUAUCUCAUACAGAAUGGUCAAUUCAAAAGAGUGCCGCUUAUCACUGGAUUAACAGCGGAUGAAUUUGGACCCAAGGCGUUCGCUGUAAUAAACAACGAAACCCUGACGAAGGAGAUCAACAGUGAAUGGGAGAAGAAAGCUCCAAUUGCCUUCCUCUACGAAAGGGAUACGGACUACUCAAAAUCUAUCAGCAAGGAGCUAAAAACGUUCUAUUUGCACGACAAACCCGUGGAUCAGUCCCAGCUCACACCUCUGGCUCAGCUGUACGCGGACUCCGUAAUAGGAUUUGGGGUGAACAGAGCAGCAAAACUGUUUGCCGAGUACAGCAAUACUUCCGUGUAUUACUACCGUUUCAGCUAUCAAGGCCGGUACAGCCAUUUCUACACGCCGGAGAGCAAUAACACUGUUCCUUAUGGGGUCGUUCAUCACGACGAUUUGAUAUAUUUGUUCUACGUUUCGAGGUUAUUCCCCUUAUUCAAAGAGAGCUCUCCAACAGAAGUCGAAAUGGUGUCAAAGUUGACGGCUCUUUAUGCAAAUUUCGCUAAAACAGGGAACCCCAUCCCAGCCCCUUCGGAGAAACUGGACAACGUGAAAUGGGAGCCGUUCACCCUCAAAGAACAGAAGUACAUGGACAUCGGGAACAAGCUGCAGAUGCAGGAGAAGCUGUACGAGAAGAGGUACGCGGAGUGGGAAAAACUGUUCCCCUUGGGUCAAUACUCAAAAAAUAAACAAAGCCACAACUUCCAUAAGAACAUGUUUGUGGCCUUAGUAGUGUGCUAUGCUUUAGCACUAUUCGCAAUAAGUGAGGGAAAAAAUGAGGAGAAAAAGAAACAUGUAACUGAAAAUCCGGUAGUAACUACCCCAUUAGGACAAGUAAGAGGUAGUCUUAUGACUUCUAGACUGGGAAAAACCAUUAACGCUUUCAGAGGUAUGCGUUAUGCCAAACCACCAGUAGAUGAACUGAGAUUCCAGCCUCCGGUGCCUGUGGAAAAGUGGGGGGGAGUCUAUGACGCCACCAAAGAUGGUUUUCUUUGCCCUCAACCCUCUACAAGCCCUGUCUCGGAAGAUUGUUUGAUCGUAAACGUUUAUUCAACCCAGCUUCCCCAGGAUUCUGAGAAUCCAAAACGUCCCGUAAUCGUCCACAUCCACCCUGGAGGAUUCUACAGCUCAUCUUCAGUGAGUUACCGUGCAGGACCGCAAUAUUUCAUGGACCAGGACAUUGUCUUGGUUACUUUCAAUUAUCGCUUAGGUUCUCUGGGCUUCUUGAGCACCGGCGACAAGGAAGCACCAGGCAACAAUGGCUUGAAAGACCAAGUGUUGGUCUUGAGAUGGGUAAAACAAAAUAUCGAAGCUUUUGGGGGGGACCCGAACAGCGUUACGAUCCAGGGGUACAGUGCAGGAAGUCGUAGCGUCAUUCUGCAUUUGGUUUCGCCAAUGUCGCAAGGCUUAUUCCACAAAGCGAUUGCAAUGAGUGGGUCGGCCGUGGGCGCCUGGAUUCCUCCACAUAACCAGCUGGAAAUUGCCAAAAAACAGGCAAGAAUUGUAGGGUGUCCGGAUGAUACCAGCGCCAACAUCAUAAAGUGUUUGAAAACUAAGCCGUUCAAAGAAUUGGGAAAUUCCCUUUCUCAGUUUAGGGAAUUUGGAUACGAUCCAGUUGUAAUAUGGUCUCCUGUCAUCGAAAGUGACUUUGGUCAACCGCGGUUUUUGACUGCCCACCCCAACGACCUCAUACAAAGUGGAAAAUUCCAAAAUGUACCUUUUAUUACUGGCAUAACGACCGAUGAAUUCGGAUACUUCGCGUUUAACGUGGUAAACAACGAAACUCUGACCAAACAAAUAAACGAAGACUUUGACAAAAUCGCCCCAAUAGCUUUCAUCUAUGAAAGAGACACGAAUCGAUCGAAAAAUGUCAGUAAGGACCUGAAGAAGUUCUAUUUGCAUGACAAGCCUGUGGACAAAUCUCAAUUCACGGCUUUGGCUAACUUGUAUGCCGAUUCGAUAGUGGGAUUUCCAGUGAACAGAGCAGCGAAACUGAUAUCCCAGUACAGCAGUGAUUGUGUCUAUUACUACCGUUUCAGCUACCAGGGACGCUACAGUCACUUCUACCUACCUGACAGUAACAACACCACUCCUUAUGGGGUUGUCCAUCACGAUGAUUUGAUAUAUUUGCUCUACAAUUCGAAACGCUUCCCGUGGUUCAACGCCACAUCCCCAGAAAUUGAAAUGGUCGAGAAGUUGACGACCCUCUAUGCCAAUUUCGCUAAGACCGGAAAUCCAACCCCUACAUCAACUGACAAACUGGACAACGUGAAGUGGGAACCUUUCACUCUUAAGGACCAGAAGUACUUGGACAUCGGAAAGAAGCUUGUAAUGCAGGAGAAGCUGCACGAAAAGCGGUACGCGGAGUGGGAAAGGCUGUUCCCCUUGCCCCUUGCCACUAAGCAAAAACCACUAAUUAGUUGCGGAGGAUAUCGUUCUCCUCUCACUUAAUAAUAAGGAGAUCUUUAUUUAGAUACAUUCUUUAUUUACGAUGUAUUACAUUAUUUUUUUGUGAAAUAAAAUAAUUUUAUAUUUAAA